GUACAAUAUCAGCUUGGUACUUUAAAGCAAAUGUCUUCGAAGGCUGUUUACGAAGAGUCUGCUAAGCUACUUAUAUACAACUCAAUAUGCUACUCUAAGUUAGCGAAAAAUCCACUCCGAGUAGUUAAGCUGGGUGAAGAUGUUAGUUCAGUAACAGAUGAAUGGAUAUUACACAACAACCUUGUCAGUAAGCCCGAUGUCCUCAUAAAACGCAGGGGAAAAUUGGGACUAGUUUUCGCAGGCUUUAAUUGGGCGGAUUUGCAGAAAAAAAUUGAAAGUUUGUUGGCGAGUAAAUUCACGAUCGGUUCUACCUGUGGAAUUCUUGACCGCUUCCUUAUUGAACCAUUCGUACCACAUGAACAGCAAGAAGAGUACUAUCUGUGUAUGUACACUCAAAGGACUUCAAAUGUUAUUCUUUUUCAUCAUGCUGGUGGAGUAGAUGUGGGUGAAGUGGAUUCCAAGGCUAAACGUUUUGAGGUUUCGGUUGAAAAUAUUAUGAAAUCUGAUUCUGGAAUGAAAGCUGGUUGUUCUGCCGAGCAAUUAUUACAGAGUUCACUGCUUUCAGGAGUAAAAUGUCCGAAGCGAGCAAGGAUGCUAGCUGAAUUCAUCGUUGAAUUGCACGCAGUUUUUGACAAAUUAUACUUCACCUAUUUAGAAAUCAAUCCAUUAGUUAUUUGUAAAUGGAAUAUGAAUGCAAAGAAAAUUAAUGAUUGUAAUGGUAGCAGUUAUCAUAUCAUUAACGAUAAUGAACUACAGGAUGUAGAUAAUGAUAUCAAUGAACAGUUAUACAUUCAUAUAUUGGAUGUUGCUGCCAAAUUAGAUCAGUGUGCAGAACAUUUAUUCACUUCAAGUUUGGAAUGGUCAGUGAAUGGAAAAAUGUUGGAAUUUCCUUUUGGUUUUGGUAAAACUGAAACUAAAGAGGAAGCGUAUAUCGCAAAGUUGGAUGCUCGAACAGGUGCUUCAUUAAAGCUUACUAUACUUAAUCCAAAUGGUCGUAUAUGGACAAUGAGUGCAGGUGGUGGAGCUUCAGUGAUUUAUGCUGAUACAGUUUGUGAAUUAGCUGAAAAAGUCAAAGCAGCUGGCGGUAUAAGUCAAGGUGUAAAAGAUUUAGCUAAUUAUGGUGAAUAUUCUGGAGCACCAUCAGAAGAAUUAACUUAUGAAUAUUCAAAAACAAUUUUAACAUUGAUGACUACUGGUGAACCACAUCCAGAUGGUAAAGUUUUACUGAUCGGUGGAGGAAUUGCAAAUUUCACCAAUAUUGCUGCUACAUUCAAGGGUAUUGUGCGUGCUUUAACAGAAUUCAGAGAACAAUUGAAGAGACAUAAUAUACGUAUAUUUGUCCGUCGUGCUGGUCCCAACUACCAGGAGGGUCUUCGUAUAAUGCGUGAAUUGGGCCGUACUAUCGAUAUUCCAAUUUAUGUAUUUGGACCUGAAACUCAUAUGACUGCUAUCGUGUCAAUGGCAUUUGGUUUACGUCAAAUACCUCCACCUCAAGUAAAUCAAAUUCAGUCAUCUGCAGAUAGUUUAUCAUUGUACAGUUACAAUGGUUCUGGCUGUGAACAUAAAAAUUCAGACAAAUCAACGCCAAUGGUGACCAAUCAAACUCUCAAGGUUUCUGAAUUCUCUUCUACUAUCACUACUACGGCUACUACUGCUACUUCUGAUAAUAAUCAUGAAACUAUUUAUGAAGAACCACUUUUCACAGUGAAAACAAAGUGUUUAAUAUGGGGUUUACAAGUUAAAGCUGUUCAGUCUAUGUUAGAUUUUGAUUAUGCUUCCGGCCGUGAUAGUCCAAGUGUAGCAGCUCUGAUUUAUCCUUUCAGUGAUGAUCAUCAGUUGACAUUUUAUUGGGGUGCAAAAGAAUUAUUUCUACCAGUUUAUAAGUAUAUGUUGAAUGCAAUGCACAAGCAUCCAGAUGCACGUAUAUUAGUGAAUUUCGCUUCAUUACGAGUUGCUUAUGAUAUAUGUAUGGAAGCUAUGGAAGUGAACUGUAUAUUGUCAUCUAAUUAUAAAGAGAAUGGAAUAUUGAAUGAACACAGUGAUACAUCUAUCAAUCAUAAUAAUGGUUUACCGGUAAACGAGGCACAGAUCAAAUGUAUCGCUAUUAUAGCUGAAGGUAUACCAGAAAAUAUGACACGUCGUUUAAUACAACGAUCCAGAGAAAGAAAUAUUCUAUUGAUUGGUCCAGCAACCGUAGGUGGCUUGAAAUCUGGCUGCUUCAAAAUCGGUAAUACAGGCGGAAUGACAGAUAACAUACUGGCAUCAAAACUUUAUCGACCUGGAAGGUGAGUGUUGACAUUCAUAUUUGUUUUAAUAGCUCAAUACUUUCGGUAAAAAGAUCCUCUUACCUUAUUCUAUCUAAAUUGUGAUGUAUUAUGUGGUUGAUUGAAAACUCCGACCUAUUCAUUCUUCAUGUCUUACCCAUAAUGUAGUGUCACGUUCCACGAUGUCUGAUCCUGAUGCUGAUACACAAUUUCUGUAUAUGCAGGUCAGAGUGGCCACUUGAGUGAGAAGGAAGCUUUAUUAACAGAAACUGAAUCAAAAGAUACAUGUCCACUCAUCCAUAUAUUCAUACAUUGGUGCAUAUUUUCAACUAAUCGCGUUUGUCUCGUUCCUAAGAAAAGCAAUCCAAAUCUUGGUCAAUAGUGUGAGCUUAUCUUUUGAGUCAUAUAUCUGAUUGACUGAACGUAUCAUGUUGAGUUUUAGCUUAGUCGUUUGAUUAUUUCCAUUGAACAUAGGUGUCCAUUAGAUGAAAACAGAGAGAAUGGUAUACAGACAAAAGAGCCAUUUAGAUAGUAAGAUCAACUGUUUGUGAAGUAAAAGAAAUUAAAUGAGGAUUGGAGAGAUUAAACUACAUUCGAACGUAAGAUUAAACAUUACUUUUGUGCACAGAUUUCUGAUCAGAAUUGUUCAAACUUUUAAAGUGCACAGUUUCCGGUUUUAUAUUCUUUUCAAGCCAAUACUCAUCCGACUGUAUAUGAAUGAUUCCUAGAGAUAAUUAUGAUAGGUAAAGGGUGGUUGGCAAAUUGAUCAAACUUGAUGGUGUGUGUAUAUUUGCGUUGAAUUUUUCCGUAUAUCAAAGUAGAUGAUACAGCAAGUCUCUUCUCAGUCAUUUAUUCAUUUAUUUGCUUUCUUUCAGUGUUGCUUAUGUAUCACGUUCUGGUGGAAUGUCCAAUGAAUUGAAUAAUAUUAUUUCAAUGAAUUCUGAUGGUGUGUAUGAAGGUGUCGCGAUUGGUGGUGAUCGUUUUCCUGGUUCAACAUUUAUUGAUCAUAUUCUACGUUAUGAAAAUAAUCCAGAAAUCGGUAUGAUUGUUGUCUUGGGUGAAGUAAGUAGAAAGUAUGAAAGUGAACAUUUAACAAAUUGUUUUCUAGAAAAAAAUAAAAGGUUCGUUAAAUUUGGAUAGUAGUUGACAGUGGAACCCAGGAAGUUUCGUCCUAUUGAGGAUUCGUCAGCUGGGUGUGCCUGAACCCUAGUGUUGCCAUCUGGGUAUGCCGAAAUCCUUGUGUUGAACUUCUCUGUAUGAACAUCAACACUGGGAUGCUUUUUCAUUCAGAUGACAAGUCAUCUAUCGAACGAAACGUUCCGGAUUCUGGAUGGUUAGUCAUUAUCCAACUGUGAUAAAAAUUUGUAAAAAGGUAAUAUUAGUGGAUUUCGCUCAGAAUGCACGUUUGUCAAUAGGGACUGAUCAAUUGCAGUCCUUAGCGUUAGCAAUAGGAAAAGACAAUCUUUUAAAAAUAAAAUAAAUUCAUUUGAAACGAGGUAUACUUGUUUUGCUAUUUUAACUGGGGCUCAUUCAGUUUCAUCAUAAUUAUUGUAUAGAUGUGUUAAUAAGAAUGAUAAAAUUGAAUAGAUACUUGUUAGUCUUUCUUUCAUAUGCUAUCAGUCAUUGAUCAUUGGUUUGAGCUAUGUUAGAUAACUUGGCUCAUCUGGCGCCGAUUCGUAACAACUACCACCGAGAAAUUAACACAAUGUCAAUGUUAUUAUUAUUAUUGUUAUCACUAUUAUUAUUAUGGUGGUUUAUAGCUAGCACUAAAAUCCAAUAUAUUUUUUACGUUCUGUUUGGGACUCAUCAUCUGAAUGUAUCUACAUCCCAAAGUUGAUCUUCACUCCGGGACUUGAACCGAGUACCGGAUGUGUUAUCCACUGAGCUACUGCAUCUAGGUAACCAUUCACUUGUGCAAGGGGUGUAAAUUUUUAAUUCAGUUUGUAAAUGCUUGAGGUGUCCCGUUGUUAAUAUUGGCGGCUGGAUUUUGACCAGCCCACUGCCAGCUAGUAUUGAUGCAUUCCAUAAAACUUGUAUCACAAUCACUAUAUCAAGGUGAUCCGUACACGACGCACAUAUUCUAAAAAAGAUUGAGGCGAAUUCAAUCCAAAAUAUCAACAAGAUAUAUUAAACCUUACAAAUUAAGUUGAAAAUUCAUACCCGGAUCAGGAUUGCCUAUCGUGAUGACUUAACGGAGCUAUAGUGGCUGGAGCACGUUCUUUUAGGUCCCAUUAUGCCAUGGAGGUCUGUUGGGGAAAGAUAAAAAGCUGCAAUUUAAGGUCCGAGGUCGAAGUCGUACUGCGAACUGUAAAGAAGUAUGACAACAGUAAGUUCUUUUCCCCGGACAACCAGCAUAUGCAUAGAGAAAGAGGAUAGAAACAGUUGACCCAAAAAUGUCACACCUCAUCUUGUUCUAUGGUUUUCCAAUUCCGAUAGUAAGGAGUUUUGAAGUGUAGAGCUAACACAUCUAAAACUUGCCAUGAAAAGUUAGUGGGUGACCGACCUCGAUCGCUUAUUCCAUGUUCUCUGUAAUCUUUCUCACAGGUCCCUAUGAUCACCACUACUAAUCCAGCUUCUUUUUCAAGUCCCUGAAGGAGAAAUAUCCUUCCACAAUGUGGGGAGCCGGGAAGUGAUAAUCACUUUCUUACAGCACCUGAGAUGAUCUUGAGUUAUGAAUUGGCCAUUAUUAUUAUUAUCAUUACUAUUAUUAUUAUCAUUAGUAUUUUGUACUUUCUUUUCUCUACCAUAGGUUGGUGGUGUAGAAGAGUAUGCAAUAAUUGAAGCAGUAAAGUCGGGCAAAAUAAAAAAACCAAUUGUAGCCUGGUGUAUAGGAUCAUGUGGUGAAUUAUUAAGCUCUGCAGCUAAUUCAAAUAAUAAUACAGACAGUAAUAAUAUUACUGGUGGGUCAAUCCAAUUCGGUCAUGCCGGCGCAUGUGCUAACUCUCUACAAGAAACAGCCACAGCGAAAAAUCAUGCAUUAGCUAGUGUUGGUAUACAUGUUCCAGAAUCAUUUGAUGAACUAGAUCUCUUGAUUAGGUUAGAUUGAAUUCCUAGUUUAUUUGCUUGUUAUUUGUUUCUUUCUCUUCUUAUCUUUAACCAACCUGUUUAUUUAUUGCCAUUUAUGAAUUUCAUUAUUUCUAGGACAG